CCCUAACAAAGAGCAAUGGACGAGCCCUCUGCUCAGUUGCAUCUUGAGAUUCGCGAACGCGUCGUACGCGCCCUCGCAACACGUCGACCUCUACUACACCACCUAAACGCCGACACCAGCUGGCUGCUCCAGAUUCCGCGCCCCGCCUCUGCAAUCCGACACGGCAGUCGCAUAUACUACAAUAUCCUCAUCGACCCGUGGUUUGUCGGUGGGCAGUCCGAUGUCGCGCGCUGGUUCUCGCAGCAAUGGCACGCGACAGAGAGCGCUGUGAAAACGGUGGCCGAAGUGGAGGCGCUGGCACAGCAGAUCGAGAUAUUUACGGGCGGCCUGCGACUAGGGAAGGGAAGGGUGACGAAAAAAGAGGCCGCAGCAGACAUUGAAACGUUCAUCGACGCGGUUGCCAUAUCGCAUGAAUUUACCGAUCAUUGCCACAAGGAAACGCUGCUAGAGCUUCAUAAGGAUAUACCUGUCUUCGCGACCGAGAAAGCCGCAAGUUUGAUAUCCAGCUUCAAACACUUCCGUAGCAUAGUCGCCAUUCCUACCUUUACCUCCGACCUGCCAGACUGGCGUUCCUACUCGCUCGCUCCACUCCCCACAUGGCUCUCGAUAUCGCGUCUGACCGCCUCCAACGACGCCCUUUACUACCAUUCCGCCCUCCUUAUAGCUUUCGCCACGCAUCCCUUCCUACCCUCCACGCCUCGCAAACGAACAUCCGCCUCCAUGUUCCCGGACCCGUCUGCUGAAUCCAGCGGUCCCGACGCCGCUGAAUGCGUAAUAUACACUCCUCACGGGAUCCCCCACGCCUCCCUAGUACCGAUUGAACUGGCAGACCCCCCACUACAUACACUAGCCUUUCUGCAUGGGCUCCACGAUGUCUCGAUUGCAGCAGCCCAGCAACUCAAUCUGGGUGCCAAAAACGGCCUUUUGGCUCAAAGGGCACUACGAGCAAAGUACUGGGUCGGAACACAUGAUGAGGUGAAGACGGGCGGUGGCUUAGUAGGCUGGUUCCUACGACGCAAGAUCUGGACUCUGGAAGAUGCGCUGAGGGACGUUAGCCCGGAGGUAAAUGACAAGGAUAUAGAUAUGGAAGACGUCAGGUUUGAAGAAAUAGGCAAUGGGCAGAGUAGAGUUUUAGAGUGAUAGAGCCGGCUGAAUGUGCAUCGCAGUAGAUUAUAUACCCGGUUCGUCAUUGUGAGUACAGCCUGC